GUUAUUAAGAAAAAUACUAUAAGUUAUCUCUCUAUCUAGAUAUGAUAUAUAUGUCCAAACAUUUCCACGUAGAUGACGUAUAUUACCGAGGAUAAUCCUCUAUAUAAGGAAGAGAAGCUCGAGUAAUAAAUCUCAUCACUUUGAAAUCUCAAAAGACACCAAGCAAAAAAACAAAGACAGACAAAAAAAAAAGAGAGAGAGAGAGAGAGAAAAAUGGCUAAGGGAUCGUGGUUCUUCAUUAUCCUUUUUAUCAUCUCAAUGUUAGAAAAUAUGAUCAAUUCUCUAGAAUUAGAUCGGCAUAGUUUUCCUGAUGAUUUCAUCUUUGGGACAGCUGCCUCGGCGUUUCAGUACGAAGGUGCAACAAGUGAAGGUGGCAAGUCUCCAACUAUAUGGGAUCACUUCAGCCUCACGUAUCCAGAAAGGACCAAAAUGCAUAAUGCAGAUGUAGCAAUUGAUUUUUAUCAUCGUUACAAGGAUGACAUAAAAUUGAUGAAGGAGCUAAACAUGGACGCUUUCCGAUUUUCAAUCUCGUGGUCAAGAUUAAUACCCAGUGGAAAGCUAAAGGAUGGAGUAAACAAAGAAGGUGUACAAUUCUACAAGGAUCUCAUAGACGAACUUCUUGCUAAUGACAUACAACCUUCGAUGACGCUCUAUCAUUGGGACCACCCACAAUCUUUGGAGGACGAAUAUGGUGGCUUUCUAAGCCCUAAAAUCGUAGAAGAUUUUCGAGAUUUUGCAAGAAUUUGUUUUGAAGAGUUUGGAGAUAAAGUUAAGAUGUGGACAACAAUCAACGAACCUUAUAUAAUGACUGUUGCGGGUUAUGAUCAAGGUAACAAGGCGGCUGGACGAUGCUCAAAAUGGGUAAACGAAAAGUGUCAGGCUGGAGAUUCGAGUACCGAGCCUUACAUUGUUUCACAUCACACUCUUCUUGCCCAUGCCGCUGCAGUGGAAGAAUUUCGAAAAUGUGAAAAAACUUCGCAUGAUGGCCAAAUUGGGAUAGUACUAUCACCAAGAUGGUUCGAGCCUUAUCAUUCCGAUUCAACUGACGAUAAAGAAGCAGCUGAACGAGCUCUUGCCUUUGAAAUUGGAUGGCAUCUUGAUCCAGUCAUUCACGGAGAUUAUCCAGAGAUUGUAAAAAAGUACGCGGGAAAUAAAUUACCUUCAUUUACUGUUGAACAAUCAAAGAUGUUACAAAAUUCAUCAGAUUUCGUUGGAAUUAAUUACUACACGGCUCGCUUCGCUGCUCAUCUUCCUCACAUAGACCCUGAAAAACCUCGUUUCAAAACUGACCACCAUGUGGAAUGGAAACUGACUAAUCACAGUGGUCACAUCAUCGGACCUGGGGAAGAAAGGGGCUUCUUAUUUUCACACCCGGAAGGCUUACGAAAAGUUCUUAACUAUAUUAAAGAGAGAUACAAUAACAUGCCAGUCUACAUCAAAGAAAAUGGUCAGAAACUCUUUCCUUUUCUUUUUUUUGCUAAAGCAGAAAGUUUUUUUUUGUUAACUAGAAAUUCAGAAAACUUUUUAGUACGUAGUUAUUUAACUAAAGAUUUUUUUAUUUUUUUAUUUUUUAACUCUACCACACAUUAAUAAUAUCCUAGCAGUGAAUUGAAACUGAAGUUUGAUUUAAAUAUAUUUCCCUAACCAGUUCAACAAACUGAUUUAAAAAAAAAAAAAAAUGGUGUGACUAUUAAUAAUUUACGUUGAUUACUGAAUUACAGGAAUUAAUGACAACGACGACGGUACAAAACCAAGAGAAGAAAUUGUGAAGGACACAUUUAGGAUUGAAUACCAUAAGACACAUUUCGAAGAACUUCACAAAGCUAUAGUGGAAGAUGGGUGUGACGUAAGAGGAUAUUACGCAUGGUCAUUGAUGGACAAUUUUGAAUGGGAGCAUGGAUACACUGCAAGAUUUGGUCUAUACUAUGUUGAUUUUGUCAAUGGUCUCAAACGUUAUCCAAAAGAUUCGGUCAAAUGGUUUAAGCGGUUCCUUAAGAAAUCGGUCGUCGGAGAGAGUAACAAAGAGGAGGUAGAGGAGAUGUCACGCGCGGAAGGGAAUAAGACUUUUAAGGGUUUCGAAGAAUCGGCGGGUUUCUUUGCAUCUUUCAUGGCAAUGAACCAAUCGAGGAGAGAUGAGGAGAAUAAUCGUUGCUCCUUUGAUUUUCCUCAUACUCAUUUUGGUGUUUUGCAAGGCAUAGAGAACCCAUCUUCAUUUUAUUGAUUUCAAAUCCCUUAUGUUUUUAAAUUCCUUAUGGUUGGACAUGUAGUUAAUUAGAAUUUAGCUCAUGUUAAUAUAUGAACAUUUUCAUGGUAAUAUUUUCUUCUUGGAAUCUAA